UAAAGCCAGAAGCUUUCCUCUGUGCCUGGGUCCCUGUAAAAGCGGGAGAGCAAGCCCCGAGGAUCCCAGUGGAGUGCAGCCAGGAUGCAGGGCUGACAGAGGUGGGGAAGGAGGCACUGGCGUGAGCCCUGCAGAGAGCACAGCAGAGGAGGCUAGUGCUCUCCAGAGAAGUGUGACAGUAACCCAUGAAUCCUAAACCAGGUAUUCAGUGAUGCAGAUCUUCUAAAGAAACGUGAAACCAAACCCAAAAAGAAAUCACUGAGGGGGAAAAAGUGCAACAUGAGAGGUAAAAUGAAAAAGUGGCCUGUGGAGAAGAGCUGCUGGGAGUUGUGACAAAGUACAAGACCAGAGGAUUGCUCACCAAAGGCAUUGGCUCAGCCUUCCAGCCAGUGCGGGUUCAGCAGUUGAGGAUGGAAAUGCUACGCCGUUCCUCAGUCUUUGCUGCAGAAGUGAUGGAGGUUUUUGACAGGUCUCCCACUGACAAGGAGCUUGUGUCCCAAGCCAAGGCUCUCUGCAGAGACUACAUAAACUCGAGGCUGAUUCGGGCGGGUGUCAGCUGGAGCAAACCCGAGUACAACGUCCCGGUGCCUGGGGGUAAGCUGGCCGAGGUGUCCACCAUCCUGCUGCGACUAGGGGACGAGCUGGAAUACAUUCGGCCCAACGUGUACCGGAACAUCGCCCGCCAGCUGAACAUCUCCCUGCACUCGGAGACGGUGGUGACGGACGCCUUCCUGGCAGUGGCUGCCCAGAUUUUCACCGCAGGCAUAACGUGGGGCAAGGUGGUGUCUCUGUACGCCGUGGCAGCGGGGCUGGCAGUGGACUGCGUGCGGCACGCGCAGCCAGCCAUGGUUCACACCAUCGUCGACUGCCUGGGGGAGUUCGUCCGCAAGACCUUGGUGACGUGGCUGAAAAGGAGAGGAGGCUGGACCAGCAGACAGCACCAGAGCUUGUCUUCUCCAUCACUGCAGGAAGACUUGCUGAUACAUCUCUACUGGCGUCAAAUACAAUCCCCUGUUGUUUCAAAUUUCCACUUCUAGCCCUAUCUUGUGACCUUCACUGUUGCUUUUGUUGAGCUCUGUGUUUAAGCAAGAUAAGGUGUGUUUUCUAUUCCCCUUCCCCUGCUGAAUGUGACUCAUGCUGGGAUUGCUCUUGGGACCCUUUCAGUCAUCUGAAGGGCAACUGGUUUGGACUUUGGAGGACUAUGGGCAGCACCAGGGACCUUCAGUGUCACUAAUGUGAUGGGAGCUGAGAGGAUGGGCCACUUGGCAGGACCAGCCCUCGCAGUGACUCACCUGACUCUCAUCAGGCAGGAGCUGGAGAUCCUGCAGCCGGUCCCUGCUAUGCAGAUCCAUUCUCCCACUGCUCUGUGACACUGUUCAGGCAACAUCGAGCUACCUGAAAGUUGAGGUCCUCUCAGUAUCGUGGUGUUGCCUUUUUACUCCUAACAUGGAGGUGUUGGGGGCUGUUCAGUAGUGACCACGGGGACAGUUUGUUCCCAUUUCCCACCAGAGCUGAGCCUGGAUUUUCUGGUAAUCUAAGAAGGGGAUUAAAGCCCCCCCCAAAAUAGCCUUUUAUUUUGAUCUCCUUGGCACUUCAAAAGAACAAUUAAAUCACUCUUAAGCUGCUAGAACAUACUUUGCUCUCAGUUCCUCAGCCAGGAAUGGCCAGUCUGUCCUUUUUAAGCCUGGCAAGCAUCUGCCAGCUAACUCACUUGCCUUGUGCUGUCAGCUUUCCCUCUCAGUUCACUGGCAUUGCUCCUGAGCAAAGAAGUCUGACCCCCAUGGCCACCUGACCCAGCAGGUUGUUUUCUCCCCCAGAGAAGGCAACCCCAUGCAAACCAUGUGGUGGCUACGGCGGAGUCAGGUGCUCCCCCGAACGGCAUCGUGCCCCACUGCCUGGUGUGUUUUCCCUUUGGUUAGGGCUGAUGCCUGCAUUUAUACAGGGUGGAAAAGGAGAAAGCAUGGCUGGCAUUUGAAAGGGAGCAAACAGCUCCAAGGGUUGUGUUCACAGCCUGUCCUGCUGAAAGGCUGCUGCCGUCAGGGUUUGGGUACACAUCGCCGGCACUCCCCGGCUGAUGCACACCACGAGCCUGUAAUCUGUGGCUAAUGGUAGACUACUUGAAGCUGGGAAAAGGUGCUUGGAAAAUCUGUGCCCUUGGGUUUUAUGGCUUAACUGGAGGAGCAGAACAGCACUGCUAAAAGUAGUUACAUGUUCAAGCUCACGUUUUGUCUCUGAGAGCGACAGAUUCACAAAGUCGUGCCCAGGCUGUGCAUUAUUACAAACUUGGAGGCUGGAACUAGCUUGAGCUAAAUUAUGAGGUGCCGUCCCCAAACCCUGCAGCACAUCAGGGGGACGACUGGAAAAACAGCACAGCAGGUUUGCUUAUAUUUAAACAGUUUAAUAAAAAUAAAGAAGUCAA